CAGGAUACAUCAGGGGGCAGCAGCGGGGAUAGCAUGAUGGAAAAUGAGGGAGACCCGGGCAAAGGCCUCGAUGUGAGUCGAACGAGUGAUUACGGCGCAAUACCUACAUUCCACGAUGCCGCCUUGACGCAUCCUGAAGAGAGUGAAAAUGUCUCCACGCCUACUUCUCAAGCUUUCAACACGUUGCCGUCCUCUGUCCACGCUUCCGACUCUGAACUCGAUCACGUGUAUGCAACCGUCGAGAGUGGCAAUGCACUGGCCAUCAAGGACUUUCCCGUCCUCCAAACAACUUCUGCCGCCAUCCUUCCUCGCUGGAUCUACAGAUAUUUUCCAUGCCUCCGGUUCCUGCCUACGUGGUCGUGCUUCCCCGACCCCACCCAGGGUCCUUUGCUCUCGCCAAGACGGAAUCUGGAGUUUUUCCGUGCCAUCCUUUACCUUCUCGAUGGCGGGCGGAAGCAGCAAUCCCACUUUCAAGACGACGCUAAAUCUAUGCGCUUCUACUACCUGCGACAGACGCUCGCAUACCGGACGUGUAUAAUCGUGGCGUGCAUCAUGUAUCUCUCCAUCUCGCUUACGGAGGCCCCCAACUUCCAGAUUUAUUCGCGCAAGCGAGAACAAGUAUCACGGGACACGAGCCAUGGUUACGAGUUAACAUUCAACGUGAUAUCGGUCCUCUUUUUUGUCCUCGACAUUUGGAUACAAUUUCAGGCGAUGGGUAAGAAGAAGACAUUUGGGUACCGUUGGACGCAGCUUUUUGUUGUCUUACUGGCCUUCGACGUGGUGGGGAUGGCUUGGCCGCAGGCUAGGCUCUUGAUGGUCACCGGCAUCGUGAGAUGCUACCCAAUUGUAUACUACAGCAAGAAAGCCCGAAACGCCAUGUUAGACUAUCUGCGGACCGUACCCUCCGUCAUCCAGUGGAUAGGCAUCGAGUUUCUCUCCGUUCUUGUCUUCGCCUGCUUCGCGGUCAUUUUGUACGCGAGUGUGGACCGAGGCGGCGCCAGCGAACAGACCGCAUUCCUCUCCUUGAAUCGGGCCUUCAUCUCCCUCUAUGAGCUCUCGCUGACUGUCAACGAUCCAGACAUUUACCUUCCAUACUACAGGAUCGAUGCCUUAAACGCCAUUCUCUUCGUCGCUUUCUUGAUAUUGACCUUUUUCCUGCUCCACAACAUCAUCCUUGCCUCUGUCUUCCGCAUUUACUCGGCAAAGCUCCGAGACACCGCCGUGCGACGCAACAGCUACCGAGAGUCUGCUCUCAACCUCGCCUUCCGGGCCUUGGUGGGGGAGAACCAGGGUCCUACCGGUAGGGUUCACAAGGAUUUACUGGCCCAUGUCCUGAAGAGGGUGUUUCCCCACCACAGCAGCGAGAAAAUUUCAGCCUUCAUGCAGUACGCGGAUCGGGAGGACUCCAAUGACGACGACCAAGACUAUGACUACGACCGAUUCCUUAUCCUCAUGUCAGCCAUCGCGGAUGAUUGUCUUCACGUCAUCCGGCCAAGUGUGGCCUACCCUGGUCGUCUCCACAGCUUUCUUGAUGUGCUGGUCCUUGCUGAGCUCCUAGUCGCGGUUGUCGCUGUUGCUCGGUAUUGGCACAUUUUUUACAAAAUCUGGCUAGUAGCGACGCUCGCCGCAUUUCGCUUCAUUUUUGCACUAGACAUCAUUUACGGGCUACUGCAAAUCAAAGGUUUCAAGAUAUAUCUCAAAAGCAGCGUUCAUAAAUGCAAGCUCUUCGCGCUUUUGUUCUUCCUUGUCGCACUCGUCUGCAUGCUGACGAAUGACAGGGUGCUUGGGGAGUCAAAAGAGGUCAACAUGACUCAGAAGGCAGCUUCCAUGUUCCUUCUUUUAUCCGUUUUUGCAGACGUGGUGCGUCUGUCCACGCGCGUCCCCGAGUACGCAGCUCUAGUGCAGGUCUUCAGAGAUCUGCUCGUGCCUGCCCUCCUCAGCCAAGCCACCGUCAUCUUUUUCCUCAUGCACUUAACCUGCUACGCGGGCAUGUACCUGUUCGGCGGACGCAUCUACCCGAGUCAACCCAUAUGGGCCACGCUGCCAUUUCCCGGUUCCCUGUACUAUUUGCUCAACUUCAACACGUACCGUGAGGGAAUGCUCACCCUCUUCAUGCUGCUAGUUGUCAAUAACUGGAACCAAAUUUCUGCCCAAUUCGUCCGGGUCACGCAUCCCGCUGCCUACCUCUUCUUCAUGGCCUAUCAAGUCCUCGUGGUGACCAUUGCGCUCUCCUGCGUCACCUCCUUUUUCAUCACGCAUUUAAGCAACCAACUCGGAGAGGAGCUGGAGAAGGGGAGAAAGAGAAAGGAAGGGAAAGAAGACAAGGUAGAGGGCAAGGAGAACCAAAAGAAGAAGAAAGAAGGGACAUUUUCGUGGGGUGGUUGGGGAAGCUGGCUCUCGGCUGACAAUCGAAAGGGAUCCAUGGACGAACUACAAGAGAGGGAGGACGAAACAUACGCUCUCCGAUUUGUACCUAAGAGCGGAAUCAUCCUUGGAACCCGCUCGCCCUCCCUCUCUGAGCAAUUCUUCUCCCUCCGGGGCCUCGAACCCGUCCCCGACCUCGCGUCCGGCACGCUUCCGUCUGAGAAGGCGGCCCUGCGCGAUGAGCAGCCGGUGGCGGACGUGGAGUAUCAGUGUCUUUUGGAGGCCCUCUUGAAGGAGAAAGGGCAGGAAUUUGCCUAUUGCUUCAUCAAGGAGCAGCGCAACAAGUCCCACCUCGAAAGCUUCAAUCGCAGCACUGGCUUCGCGAGAAUCAUUCGGCCGUACCCUCAGGCUGAAUCAUCCCUGCUCAAAACAUGUGCAGAUCUUUUUGGCAAGGAUAUGAGUAAACAGGGGAAAAAAGAGGGAGGCAACUCAAGCGACUUGUCCACGCCAUCUUCUGAAGGGAGGAGGAAAACGGAAGGCGGUAACGGUGACGAGAUUACGGGGAAAGCGGAGGAAAAAUCGGAAACAAAACAAAUUAAAGGGGCAGCUGAGGGGGCGGCGGCGGGGGAGGAGGAGGAGAUCAUGGUGGAGGAUGAGGAGGAAGACGCCGACGAUAUGGGAGAGAAGAGAGACUGUGUCAUGAUUCAAGAUAUCAUGCCUCACCCGUCCGAGUCCUGCCGGGCCUUGUAUAUGAAAAUCUACUUCAUGUAUGGGGGUGAUAACAAACUGGCCUUCUGUCAACUGCACGAGCAGUGA